UGAGUGUGCAAUGUGACUUCAGCCUGAGGCAAAGUUCUGUCACACAAAUAACUAGUUUUGGCAUUUUUUACUCCGCAGAUCUUACAAAGUUCACAACCGGCCUCUCUGUCUGCCACCACUGCAUACGUCACCAUAAUGGUUCAUCGCAGCUGCACUGUUGAGAUCAACAACAACUCCAACUACUACACUCUGGCAAAUCCAAGAGUGUUCACUGAGAGCGGCUGCUGUGAGGUUCCUUUGUCACCAUUUGUGGGCCCCUGCAGUAAUGCCAGUGCGCUGUUCAACAAGGUCACCGGCGCUGCAACCGGAGCUGUUGGCGUCUUUACCUACGACCUUUUCAACCCUAGCAUUAACGACUAUAGCCACAUCGUGGCGGUCAUGUACUCUGUGCCCUUUGACCGAAACCUCUACUCCAACUGGUUUGCUGUGGGAAUCUUUGAGAGAGGAAAUGACUGUGACUAUAAUCUUUACGACAUAAUGUAUAAUGGAAGUGAAAUGAACUUUGUAAGAGGAAAGGCUGACGGCUCCAGCAUUUGUUAUAACGGUGACUACGUGGCCGUCGGUGCCUCCAUGUCAGACAAUGGUGAAGCAGUUCUGAGGGUGGAUGUCAAUGAUGCUGUCAUGUAUUAAGCCAACAUACUGAGUUCACUGAGUUCAUACUGUUAUACACGAAAUAUAGAAACACAAAUAUAUAAAUAAAUGUUAAAUAUAGCUAGAAAUGCAAUGCUUAAUUACAAAUUAAAAACGUGUUUCCAUUAAGGUCAUGUUUCUUUUUAAUUGUCCAUAUAUAGACAAAAUGUAACUGCAGAAAAUUUAUGUUUUUCUCAGUUUCUGACUGAAGAUUUAAUUUAGCUGAAUAAUUUGCUUACAAUAAACUGAUUGCAUUCAAAAGUUCAAAGCGUCCACUGUCAAUAAAUUUAAAAAAUCUAACAAAUAAUUUAUGCAUGUCUUUGUCUUGUCUCUCAGGAAUGCCGUCAGAUUCAAAUUGUAGGAGAUGUAGCUCUGAUAUUAUCAAGGUAAUUUACAGCCAUAGAAGUUGGCCAUAUUUAGUCUAUCUUCCUGUCUGCAUCUGUACAGACAUGAAAUGCAAAUCAAAUAAGUGGAAGCAUCUUUGUUCUGCCCAGUUAUUAAAGAUGUAUUAAAGUCCUACGCCAGUCAUUGAUUAAAAACUAUUAACUAUACAAAAACUACAUAUUUUCAAGUUUUUUCUUGAUAAUUACAUGCCUCAAAAAAGCUUAGAUGCAACGCUAACGCACCAGCUCACCUCAGACUCUAAUCAAACAAUUCAAUAGUACACAAUUGCAAGGUGUAAUAAUUAAGCACUUCAGCCAUUAAAGCUCUAAACAGAAAACGAGGGGGGGAUUAUAUAUACUAGCGGGCUCCACCGUAGCCGCGCACCCCCCGCGGACGGUCUCAUCGGUCCGGCGGGUUUUGCACUGCCCUUUUUUUUUGGUGCGGACCAGUGAGGCGGCAAUGUCGGCAAUGUCGGCAGAAUUUUAAUGAGGCGGUGGCCUAUACCAGCGAGGCGGCCUGCCUCGUCGGUUAUAUGGGAGGGGAAACACUGUAUAGAUAGUAAAACACAACUGAACAUCCAGAACACUUAACACAACCAAUAGAAAUAUCUUCAAUUCAACCAGCAGUCCCAUGUCAACUCGUUUUAGUACAAGUUGUCACAACUGGU